ACUUGCUGUUCAGCAUCGAUUAAAGGAUGGCCGCGCCACUGAAACGGCUUGCAGCCAAACGUGUAGCCAUCGUUGGCGCCGGUCCGUCAGGCAUGGCAGCCGUGAAAUAUCUAAACGCCGAGAGAGCGUUCGAUGCCAUCACUGUGUUUGAACAAAGACGUCAUGUUGGAGGCAUAUGGCGGUACACAGCACAACAUUCUGGUGACGGCAUGUUCGAUGUUCCGCAGACAAAUCCUCAUGUCGGCUUGGAGCAACCCGUGGCAGGAGGAAACAGCGACACCCAGAGCAACGAGUGCCAGUUUCUAAGUCCCAUCUACGAAAGACUGGAGACCAACAUCCCGAAGUCGUUGAUGGGUUAUUCCGACACUCCGUGGGCCGAUCAUUUGCAAGUCUUUCCCCGUCAUGAAGAUGUCCAGGAAUACCUCGAAGCAUACGGUGCAGAGCUUAUUCCCAGUAUCAAAUUCAUGACACAGGUCACAAGGGUCACUCCAGCCGAGGACGAUUCAUGGCUUCUCGAGUAUAAAGAUUUGCACACAAAAAAAGCCCAUGCAGAGACUUUUGACGCGGUUGUGGUUGCAACAGGCCAUUUCAGUGUACCGUACGUACCGGAAAUAGAAGGACUUGCAGAGUGGAAUCAACGGCACCCAGGCUCUGUAUCCCACAGCAAAUACUUUCGUGCUCCCGAACCAUUCAAGGAAAAAAAGGUCGUCGUCAUCGGCAGCUCAGCAUCGGGCCUUGACAUAGCCUCGCAGAUCUCUACAUUCUGCCGGAAACCCCUUCUGCUCUCCCAAAGGUCCGUCUCGGACCUCGCCGCCGGCUUCGCAAACGACCCCGACAUAUCCGUUGUUCCCCAGAUCACACACGUGGAUGCAAACGGGCGCACGGUCUUCUUUUCGGAUGGGCGGAUUGAGCAAGACGUAGACGAGUUACUCUUCUGCACAGGAUAUCUGUACUCCUUCCCGUUUCUCGAGUCCUUGGAGCCAAAUCCAAUCAGUGACGGGACACGCGUCGAGCAUACGUACAAGCAUCUUUUCUACGCGCCGCGUCCCACACUCGCAUUCCUGACGCUUAAUCAGAAAAUCAUUCCGUUCCCGUUGGCGGAAGCCCAGUCUGCUGUGCUGGCUCGCGUUUGGUCUGGUCGGCUUACCCUGCCGUCCACAGAAGAGAUGGUCGGUUGGGAGAAAUCUGUCAUUGAUGAAUGUGGCAGCGGCGGCAAAUUUCAUGUGCUUAAGUUUCCAAAGGACGCCGAGUACAUUAAUGAGCUGUAUGACUGGGCCGUGAGUGCGGAGAAAGUGGAUGGGCUUGAGAAUGACGGUACUGGUAAGUUGCCCAAGCGCUGGGGUGCGUGGGAAUAUUGGGCAAGAGAGAACUUCCCGAAAAUUCGAAAGGCUUUCAUAAUGCAUGGAGAGGGAAGGAAAGAUAUCACAACAUUAAAGCAGCUAGGUUUCGAGUUUCCAGACAGCGGAGAGGCUGUGAACAAGGGCAGGGAAAGCAGUUCUGUAUCAUCAUCAGAAGGUUGAUUUCCUGCUUCGUGGCCUCGCAGAAUGAUGCAUGGACUAUUUACUCUGUCACCUAUGCUUCUCAAAUUUAGAGAUAGAUUAAAG